AAGUCGUCAGAAUGAAGUUCUUUUGUGCUUUGGCCUUCUUGGCUGUUUUGGGUGCCAACGUUGAAGCGAAGGAAGUCGUUUGUUACAUUCCAACAUGGGUUGACAUUACGAGCUACGUUGAUACCAAACUUUGCACAAUGUUCAUGAUCUCUUUCGGAGACGUCAAUGCUGAUGGCAGUAUUCGUGUUCCGGAUUUGUCGAGCUUCAAAAGAUUGCAGACUCCGACGUCAAAGUUGCUUCUUGCUCUUGGCGGAGCGACAGCUGGAGUUGCGAACUUUAGAGCAGUUGCUGCGACGCCCGCAAGUCGUGAAAAUUUCGCGAAAAAUUGCUUGAAUGUCGUGAAGCAACACGGCUUGGAUGGUAUCGACAUGGAUUGGGAAUUCCCGGAAAGUUAUGAGAGAACUACAUUCGCUGAAUUGCAUCAAGCUAUUCGUGACAAAUUCGGAUCUAAAUAUCUCCUCACGACAGCUGUCAUGCCCGGAAAUUGGCGAGUACGCGAUGAAAAAGUCUACGAUAUCGCUGCCCUUGGAAAAUCUUGCGAUUUCAUCAACUUGAUGUCAUACGAUUAUCACGCUGAUGCUUCAUGGGAUUACAACUCGGGAAUUUUCUUCAAUGCUCCCAUCCGCGUCAACGGAUACGGCGACAGCGUCGAAAACGGCAUCAAAUUGUUCAUCGAAGGCGGAGCUCCUGCGAGCAAAUUGAACGUUGGCACGCCAUUCUACGGUCGUACGUAUACCUUGUCAAGCCCGAGUCAAAACAAACCCGGCGAUAAAUGGGGCGCUGGCGGCACUCAAAUCAUGGCUGCAAAUACGCCGUCGUACCACGAUUAUUGCAAGAAAAUUGCCGAUCCGUCGUACACUAAAAAGCGCGAUUCGCUCACAAUGUGCCCGUACAUGUACAAGGGAACGGAAUGGAUUGCCUACGAAGACGAGCAAAGUAUCAAGGACAAGGGAGAUCUUGCCAACAAAUAUGGGCUCGGAGGUGUCAUGACAUGGGCUUUGCAUCAAGAUGAUUAUUCCGGAGUUUGUUCGUCGUGCAAAUGGCCUUUGUUGAAAGCUUUGAACUCCGCUAUUGGGCGGGCAAAGGCUUGCGAUGGAAGUUCAUCGGGCGGCAAUGGCGGAAAUGUCGUCGUUAUUCCAACAACCACGCAAAAAGCGACGACGAAAAAAGCAGAUGGAGGCAAUAACGGAGGAAAUAACAACAACAACAACAACAACAAUGGCGGAGGUUCAACUACGAUCAUCACAAAAUGUCCUUCGACAGGUACUUUGCCUCAUCCGGAUUGCAGCAAAUUCUACAGUUGCGGAGCUGUCGGAAGUGCUCCUUAUGAAAUGUCAUGCGGAAGUCUUCAAUUCGACAAAGUUUCAGGAACUUGUGGAUGGGUUUGCAACAAUUAAAGUUUUGGCCAAUAAAGUUUUGUUCC